AUGUCUGUUUCUACUGGCUAUGCGGCUGUUGUGGCAACCGAUACGGGCGUGACGGUUGCAGCGAGUGGCACAGCGACACGAACAGCGAGCUCGGGUGGCCGUGGUUCUUCUGCAUCAGCAAACUCUCUUGCUAUGGUUGGGGAUGGCGAUUGUAGCCGGUUAACCGCUGGUACGCUUACGAUCGCUGGCGUUUAUGGUACGGGUGCUGAUCAUACAGGGGGUAUUUAUGGCUUUGGUGUUCAAACGACAGCUCGGGCUUAUGGUAACCCGGUUAAUCAGGGGCCUGGGCAGACUGCUGGAUGGGAUGUCUACGGAUCUCGUACGAAUGGCAAUGUUUCUCAAGGUGGCAAUGGGGUCACGCAGACACAGGCUUGGGGUGCGAAUACGACGGCUAUUGGUUGUGAUGCAAUUGCCAAUGGCUGGGCCGCGAAUGCCUAUGGUUGGGGUGCUUCAGCGACAGGCGCGGGUUCGGUAGGGCUUGGGGUCUAUGCGUCAGCUUCUGGUCAGGGUUCCUUUGCGGCGGGUAUUGGUGCCAAGACGGAUGGUACGACGAAUAUUGCUGCUGAAUAG